GAGAUGAAUUACGAAUUCGAGCGAGAGAGCGGUUUUAUCAAUAGUCAGCCGUCGCUUGCUGAGUGCCUGACAUCUUUCCCCCCUGUCGCUGAUUCAUUUCAAAGUUCAUCAAUCAAGAGCUCGACGCUUUCACGCCCGACACUGAUUCCUCCUCCCUUUGAGCAGACCAUUCCCAGCCUCAACCCGGGCAGCCAUCCUCGGCAUGGCCGGCCUAGACACAGCCCCGACGGAUGUAGCCCGCUGCCUACCGCCUCCUUACCCCCGGAGUACCCAUGGAUGCGGGAGAAGAAAGCCUCCAAGAGGAACCACCUGCCGACUUCCACUGCUACUACCAUCUCCAACGGACCCGUGUGCUUCUCUCCGAAAGGCUCGCCUGAGAUCGUGGAGAGCGGUGGGGGAGGAGGGGGCUCCCGUCGGCUGAGAACAGCGUACACUAACACACAGCUGCUGGAGCUGGAGAAGGAGUUCCACUUCAACAAGUAUCUGUGCCGGCCCAGGAGGGUGGAAAUAGCGGCCCUGCUGGACCUGACCGAGAGGCAGGUUAAAGUCUGGUUCCAAAACCGACGCAUGAAGCACAAGCGGCAGACCCAGAGCAAGGAGAACCACAACGGGGACGGUAAGGGGCUGAGCGCCGAGGACGGCAUUCACAGCGAGGAAGAGGACGAGGUCCCCCAGUACGAGCAGAGCGGGGCCCUGCUGGAAAGAGAUACCUGCUCCUUUCAAAACAACACACAGCAGCUCCACAAUGGAGAGUCGAUGAGCUUUGCUGCUGCGCCGCUGAACAGCAAUGACAAAAAUCUGAAACAUUUUCCCAACCCGUCACCCACUGUUCCGGGCUGCAUGUCAACAAUGGGCCCCGGCUCGGCAUCUGGCCCGGACAAUGGCGACAGUCCCCCGGCCCUGGAUGUUUCUUUACACGAUUUUCAACCUUUCUCCUCGGAUUCCUGCCUGCAGCUCUCCGAUGCAGCCUCGCCGAGCUUGUCAGAGUCUCUGGACAGCCCCGUGGACAUUUCUACGGACAGUUUCUAUUUUUUCUCGGAGUCUCUAACUACAAUCGACUUGCAGCAUCUGAACUAUUAA